AUGACGGUUCCGGAGCCCAUUCCAGAGGCGUCGACCCUUCCGGAGGAGCCGCCUCUCCGCAGCGAACAGAUCGAUCUGACAUUGGCUAUCAAACGCUGCCGUACUUGGCAAGAACUCAGGCGGCUCUACUGGGCGAACCGCACUCGACAUGGCGUCAUCAAUAUGGUGUCGUACUUCACUCGUCUGGCGGCAUUAGCGCCUAGCUUGCCGGAGCUGCUACUGCCAUACAAAACGGACGAUACCGACGAAGCAGCGGUGGAGGAGGCGGAGGCCGCCGCUGCUGCCGGCGGUGCCGACGGGCAGGUUGUGGCGGCACUCGCCGGUGCAACCCCCGUCAGCUGGUCUGGGAAGGGCUACGAUGCACCGAGGCGCCGCAGCCAGCAACAACAACAACAGCCGCAGCAGCAGCAGCAGCAGCAGCAACGACAGCAACAGGCGGGAUUAAAAAGCGGCCGCGGCAAAGGGCCGGCAGCGACGACACCGCCGGCCCGAUGUUGCAGCAUCGCGGAGCGUACGGCGCUACGACAGCUGGUUGUACGGAUGGUGUACGAUGCAUGCUGGUAA